AUCAACAAUGGCGUCGCUUCAGCAGUUGGGCAUUAACAAUCCUCAGUUGGCAGCGCAAGCGGCUAUUUUACAGCAGACUCAACAGCAGCAGCAACCACAACAACAACUCAGUCAACAGCAAGAUUUUGACCCCGUUCACAGAUUCAAGAUGUUGAUUCCACAGCUCAAAGAGAGUUUACAGAAUGUCAUGACCAUUGCUUCCCUAAAUUUUGGACAUAAUACUGCAAUCGACAACGGCCAACGAACAACAGAGAAGAGUAAUGAUGCAGCCAUGCAGCGGUUUGACAAGAGUUUUGAGGAGUUUUAUGCUCUCUGUGAUCAGUUGGAGCUCUGUCUGCGGCUGGCCCACGAGUGCCUCUCACAGAGCAUCGACAGCACAAAGCAUUCUCCCAAUCUCGUUCCUACAGCCACCAAGCCAGACACAGUGCAGACAGAGUCUUUGUCUUACUCGCAGUAUCUCAGUAUGAUCAAAUCACAGAUUUCAUGUGCUAAAGACAUCCAUAAUGCUCUUUUAGAGUGUUCAAAAAAGAUUGCUGUGAAGGGUCAGGGAGCUUGUAAUUAGUUAUUAUUAACAAAAGUAUUUGGUUUCCUUAAAUAUGUUUUUGUGUUUUCCAUAAUUGUGUGAUGCUGUUUGAAGAAUAAAUGUUCUACUUUUCAAUUCAGUUAGUCUGUUUACUUGAGCUUUUGUGACCAAUGUACUUGUACAGUUAAAACCCCAUUAUUCUCAAAUGGUAUUUAUCUUUUAUAGUGUAUUAAAUUUAUU